AUGCGGUUCCUGGUUGCGUUGGUCCUGCUGAGCGUCGCCCCGGCGGUGUCCCUACCAAAAGAAGGGUCUGACACGUUAAAGCCGCGGUCCACGGGAGAAGGCUCUAACGAGGUGAAGCCCGAGCUGCCGUCCACGGGAAGGGGCCCUAACGAGGAGAAGCCCGAGCUGCCGUCCGCGGGAAAGGGCCCUAACGAGGAGAAGCCCGAGCUGCCGUCCGCGGGAAAGGGCCCUAACGAGGAGAAGCCCGAGCCGCAGGCCGCGGGAAAGGGAGAAGCCCGAGCCGCAGGGCCACGGGAAAGGGCCCUAACGAGGAGGCCCGAGCCGCAGGCCACGGGAAAGGGCCCUAACGAGGAGAAGCCCGAGCCGCAGGCCACGGGAAAGGGCCCUAAAGAGGAGAAGCCCGAGCCGCAGGCCGCGGGAAAGGGUCCUAAUGAGGAGAAGCCCGAGCCGCAGGCCGCGGGAAAGGGCCCUAAAGAGGAGAAGCCCGAGCCGCAGGCCACGGGAAAGGGCCCUAACAAACUGGUCUCCAACCCCUCCCAUGAUAACAAGGAGCCCACCAAGCCUGACUUGAACGUACCAGCUGACAAAGAUACCUCCCUGCAUGCUUUUAGAGGUGAAUCUGGGGAAAGAGUAUUACUAGACUCUGACUCCACUUCUCCACAGCAGGAGAGAGAAGGCAAGCCUCCAGAGCUUACAGAAGAUGAGCCCAAGAAGGCUGAGGAAGGGAAUACAGAUCCGGAAGAAGAUUCACCACCUGAAGGAGAGAAAGAAAUGCCUGGCCUUGCCUCCAGUGAGAACCGUGAAGGGACACUUUUGGAUUCCAGGGGUAGGGAGAAUGAUGACCUUUUUAAGGACAAUCUUGGAAGUGCUAGUGCAGAGAGCAGCCAUUUCUUUGCAUAUUUGGUGACUGCAGCCAUUCUUGUUGCUGUCCUCUACAUUGCCUAUCACAACAAACGGAAGAUUAUUGCUUUUGUCCUAGAAGGAAAAAGAUCUAAAGUCACUCGGCGCCCAAAGGCCAGUGAUUACCAGCGUUUGGACCAGAAGAUUUGAUUUUUCCAUUCUUGAGAAUUUUGUCCUCCCUGCUGAUUUGUUUUUAAAUCAAGAGAAAUGAAGAAAAAAAGUACUGUGACCUAAGAGACACCCCCUUCUCUAGGAUUUGGUGGCAAGUCUGGGCUGGCAGAGGCGGGGGGAUUGCUUUGAUUUUUGCACCUGCACUUUGGUGACCUUGUACUCCUGUGUCCCCAUUAUCUCUGCUGGUGUCUUCCAUCCUUUCCUCCCCUGAGUGUGAUUAGAGGGAGCAUGUGGGAAGACAUCUGUGACCAAAAGGAGAUCUCAGCCCCAGGCAGGCUACUGCUGCUGCCUGCCUUUCCUUGUAGUUAUCCCUUGAAAAUAGCAUUGUGCCCACCACUGUUCAUCUUUGUAGACCUAGGAAAACACUCUGCAGGUUGAAGUUCUUUUUACCAAGGCUCUUACUUUGGGGGAUGUGCCCUACAAAAGAUGAAGAGGUGAAUGCUGACGGGCAAAGGGCUACAGUAACAAUAACUUUCUUCACAGGCUCCAGCAGCAAACCAAAACAGCUUUUAAAAAGUGCUUUAUUGCCUGUAAGUCCAGCCUGUCUAGCAUAACUUCUUCACAUUUUUCCAGUAUUUUCACAUUAAGGCAAAGUCAACUUCCAUUUGGUUGUACCAGCUGAGCUUGGGGAUUCUGGGAGUAAAGUUGUAAUGCCAUGGAUCCCUUUAUAGAUUUUUAAAAAUACAGUUAGGAUUAUUGAAAUACUUGUUCUUCUAUACUCACAGUCGUAACAGAAACUUUUUAAGAUAGGGUAAGCUCCGGCUUUGCAUACGAGGAUGUUCAGGACGGUUUUGGUUUUGAUCUGCAUUAUUUCAAAGGGCUUUUAUGAAACGUUUCCCAUAAACUCUGUUUUGCCUUUGUCGCCUAAAGCAGACAAAAUAGACUUGUAAUCAGAAACUAACUGUACUCCCUUUUACCUUAAUCUCGUUAAUGGUUUUCUCAUCUGACACAAAAUGCCAAGGGUGAUUAGUAAAAAUUCUCCUUCCAUCCCAUGCCAGACGUUAUUAAGAUUUAAGAAAUUCAGGGGUAACUGAGGUAGUGUCUUGGAUCAUGCUGUGGUUUGAAGUUUUCCGUUAAUCUGCUCUUGCUGUGCUACCCGAUUAUAGCCUGAAGAGAGGUUUCUGCAGAGAAAACAUGGAGAUAGAAUAGUUGAUCUCAGGGAAAUACAAAGACUGUGGGAAGUGAGGACAGUGGGAUGACUUCUGUGCUGUUGAGGAAGCCAGUCUGCAGAAGGGACCAUCCUGUCACAUUAUCUUGCACCUUGCUUAAAACAGAGCGUGGGGGCGCCUGGGUGGCACAGCGGUUAAGCGUCUGCCUUCGGCUCAGGGCGUGGUCCCGGCGUUCUGGGAUCGAGCCCCACAUCAGGCUCCUGUGCUGUGAGCCUGCUUCUGUUCCCUCUCUCGCUGGCUGUCUCUAAAUAAAUAAAAUCUUAAAAAAAAAAAAAAAAAAAAACAGAGCAUGGCUUUGAGUUGAGAUUUAUGGAGACAAGGAAUGAAUGAAUGCUCUUGGCAUCAUUCUCUCUACCUGUGCACCAACCUUAUAAUGCUUUCCCCUAUCUAGGGAAUCUUCUGUCAGGCUCUCCUGGCAUUCCGUAAAACCACGGUUCCCCUGUCUACCUCUCGUGGCUUAGAGAAUCAGGCUUUUGUAGACUAGUGUUCAGGAUUCUGUAGGUGUGCAUCGUGUCCAGGCCAGAGGCUCCUCUUGUCAGGCCCAUCUAGGCUUCUGUGCCUGUUUGUUCUUGCUGUGUCCUCCAUUCCCUGGCUUCCCAUGGCUAUUUGGUUAGGGUGCAUUCCCUUCUUUUCUUUUGCUUGUCUCCCCCAAAUGUUCCUUCAGGGCCCAGCUCAAGUUUGCCCAGGCACCUUCUUCACUGUCCCCAGCACACAGGAUUGGCUCUUACCAGUCUACUCUAAUAACUCUUAAUAAUGCCAAUCACAAAUUUUGGAACUCCAGCAAAAAAGGGAAGACAUUAUCUGAUGUCUGUGUCUGGUCUUCCCCAAAAAACUAAGCUACUUGCAGGAGUGCCCUUGGCACCCUGCAUAUCUGCCUACAGUAGUAACAUUCCCUAGGUACUUCAGGAGUUCAGUGUCUCCUUGCAAAGGAGACAUUUUCUUUGUUCAGGACAUAUGAAUGUGAGGUCUCACACAGCUCUUCCUGGCUACUGGUUGCUGUCCCUUUUUGAUGGAUUUUGCUUGUAAGGAGGAGAGCAGAAAGGUUGGUUUCGGGAACCAAGAGGGUUGGCACCAAGUGGAUGCAAAAUAAGUAUUCUGUGGAGUCCACAUAGUUUCAUUUUUUGAGCAUCCGAGAAGUAUUGUUUCUUGUGCUAAAAGAAUACAAUAGAAUUUAAGUUUCACUUUAGAAAUUACACUGAAGGAAAUCUCUCACACCAGUGGAAAACUUGUUUUCUCAGUAAGUUGUCCUUUUGAAGAUAAGCUGUUGGAGGCAUGGUAUAGAGGAGGAUGAGCUGGCUAAGGCAUCUCUCAAAGCUGGUGGGGGCGAGGGGAAGGUAGGGGUGGGCAGGGAAGCAGAUGGAGCCAUGAGAGGUGCCCCUUUCCAAACAGCUGUGUGCUUGCUUUCCUGUCCCAGCUUUUGGUUGCAGGGUGAUUUCUGUAAGAGGAGUCUGUGCUGUAGUCAUGGAUGUCAGUAGAGGGGUUUGUUUUCCUGCUGCGGGUUACUGAGUAGAAUUAUUUAAAUUCUUUUUUUUUUUUUUUUUUUUUAAGAUUUUAUUUAUCCAUUCGACAGAGAUAGAGACAGCCAGAGAGAGAGGGAACACAAGCAGGGGGAGUGGGAGAGGAAGAAGCAGGCUCCUAGUGAAGGAGCCUGAUGUGGGGCUCGAUCCCACAACGCCGGGAUCACGCCCUGAGCCGAAGGCAGACGCUCAACUGCUGUGCCACCCAGGCGCCCCCUGAGUAGAAUUAUUUAAAGAAUCCACUUCUGGACUCAGUGGGAAUGAAGGCCAGUCUAUCUAGAAAGGCUAGAACAACUUGGAAAGACCUGACAGCUAGCUAUAUAUGUGCUGACAUUUCUUUUCCCAUGAUGGCUUUUAAUGAAACAUUUGGUGAUAGAAUUAUAAACCUCCUUGAUUCCCCUGAUGGUGAUUCUCAUUUUUUUUUCUCUACUUCAUGUCAUUUAAAUCAAAAAAAGGAAGCCUGCUCCCUGCUUUUACAGGGUAACUUGAUAUGUAAUGCUGUUACGUGUAUGUGAUGAAAGCUAGCACGCUUUGCACAUGUUCUGAAUCAUUUGAACAGGGAGGAGAGUAUUUUAUACACUAGACAUCAGACCCUGUAGUUCUGCCAGCUGUUUUCUGAAAAACCUUGUUGGGAAGGUUGCCUUUGAUACUGCCUUGCUCAAGGAAGAAUCCUGGGAAGAGAUUUUCAGGUUCCAUAUAACUGUUCAUCCAUAGAAAGACUGAAUCUCAACUCAGCUAGUCCCACAAGUCACAUAUGAAUUUCCUAAAUGUCCCAGUUGAGAAACUCCCCUGUAACAGUGUUGGGACUGAGCUGGGUAGUUUCAAACUGCCAAAAAGCCAGCCUCCUCACACUCAUAGAUAUUCCUUUAAUUCAGAAGUUUCUCAUGUUAAAUAAAUGAUUGUUGAAGCUGUUUCCCUUUUUUGUUUACCCAGUUAGUAGAGUGCCACUGUUUUUGCAGUGUUUUAUAUUUUCAGCUUUAACUUAACUAUAUAAUUACUUUUAUUUUUUUAAAGCUUAUUUGGUCUAAUGAUAAGUAUUUUUCAGUACAUAAUGUUUUACUGAGCUUCUUUGAAUGCCAUUUCAAUGUAGUUUUGUAUCAUUGCACAGAAACCAAAAUAAAUUUCAAAUAUUAAAGCUAAAAA